CGGCCGGUGAGCGAGCUAGGCAGAAGAGAUGGCAGCCUCAUAUAUGGCAUUUCAGGUGAAUUGCAGUAUUGAGGGGAGGCACUCGCUAUCACACCACUUUGACCACUUGAAGACCUCACUGUCCUCUGUUUUCAGGCCAAUUUUGAGAGAAUUGCAACAAGUUCCGAUGCAAAUAGAUGCUUCCAGAACCAUCCGGAAUGCUUCUCUGGAAAUAUUGAACGCCUUUGUUGAUUCGGUGUUUGAGUUUUCUGACCAGCCAUUGCUCCCAUCUCAGAGUAACUUUGCUCCUGUAGAUGAAAUGAAAGAAGCCCUUCUCAUAACCGACAUUAAGAUUCAAGGAAAAAUUCCCGAUAAUUUCCAGGAAGGUGUCUACGUCAGGAAUGGACCAAACCCUCUUUUUGGAGCACUGAAGUUGACAAAGUCCAUCUUUGGAAGGUCAAGCCACAUAUGGGUGGAAGGAGAAGGAAUGCUUCAUGCUCUGUAUUUUAAUAAAGACAGUGAUGGGAGGUGGAAUGUUGUCUACAAUAACAGAUAUGUUGAAACCGAAACUUUCAAGCUUGAAAAGCAAAGAAAUAAACCGUCUUUUCUCCCCGCCAUUGAAGGCGAUUCACCCGCUAUUGUAUCUGCUUAUCUCCUGAAUUUGCUGAGGUUUGGCAAAGUAAACAAGUACAUAAGCAACACCAACAUUUUCAAGCACUCGGGAAAUUACUACUCAGCUGCAGAAAAUCACAUCCCACAAGAGAUUGACAUUUUUACACUGAAAACUUUAGAAAAUUGGGAUAUCAGUGGAGCCUGGAAACGGGCUUUUACCAGCCACCCAAAGAGAGCUCCAGGUAGUGGAGAGCAAGUGAUUAUGGGGGUGGAUGCUAUUAAACCUUUCGUUGAACUUGGGGUCAUUUCUGCUGAUGGAAAAGAAUUGGUUCACAAAGUGGAUCUCAAACUGAAUAGGUGCAGCCUUUGUCAUGAGAUAGGGGUCACCCAAAGAUAUAAUGUGAUCAUGGAUUUUCCACUAACUAUAGACAUAAAAAGGCUUAUUAGUGGAGGCCCAUUAAUAAAAUACUGCAAGGAAGAAUAUGCAAGAAUUGGGAUAAUGCCUCGCUAUGGUGAUUCGGAUUCAAUCCAGUGGUUUGAGGUGGAAGCGAAUUAUACAUUUCACAUUGUCAACACUUUUGAGGAUGAGGAUGAUGAGGUUGUAGUAUGGGGGUGCAGAGCCCUUGAUUCAAUCAUACCAGGGCCUGAUGCGGGUUUGAAUAAAUUUGAGUGGUUUUCCACAAGACUUAAAUCUAUAAAUUCUAGGGUUACUGAAGAUCAAGAUAGUGGGGGUUGGAGUAGGGAGGAUGGACUAUUAUUUUCUCGUUGUUAUGAGUGGAGAUUAAACACGCGAACCGGACAAGCUAGGGAGAGAAAUCUCAGCGGAACUGAAUUCUCAAUGGAUUUUCCUAUCAUCAAUCCAAAUUUUACAGGUGUUAAAAAUAGAUAUGGAUACACCCAAGUUGUUGAUUCCCUCGCGAGCUCCACCUCCGGGAUGGUUAAAUUCGGAGGUCUAGCUAAACUACACUUUGAGGAGGCAGACGCAAGACUUUGUUCGAGUAAUGGAAAUUUGGAAGAGCUGAUGAUCAAGGUGGAAUAUCAUCUGUUCGAGGAAAACACCUUUUGCACGGGUGCUGCCUUUGUCUUUAAAGAAGGAGGUUUUGAAGAAGAUGAUGGUUGGAUCAUCACUUUUGUUCACAACGAAGAUACUAACAUCUCUCAAGUUUAUAUAAUUGAUACCAACAACUUUUCUGGUGAGCCCCUUGUCAUAAUCACAUUACCAUGUAGAGUUCCAUAUGGAUUUCAUGGAGCUUUCAUGCCAAUCUCUCAUUGA